AUGGCCAGCCCGCAGCCCCGGCUCGAGGGGGACGGCGCCGCCCAGGCCGCGAGAGAAACAAGAACAGAAGCCAGUUCUCCUGAAGAGAGCUCCGAAUCCCCGCAUGAGGCGGGGACUUUGAACCCAGAAGUUACUCUGUCUUUGGAGGGGACCUUGAACUUAGAGGACAUUCUCUACCUGGGGGACACAGGUGACCUCGACGAGACACUCUACGUGGAAGAGACGGAGAAGCCUGAGGAGACACUGUUUAUCGAGGAGACCAGGCAGCCGGGGGAGGUCCUGGAGGUGGACGAGCCUGGGAAGCCAGAGGAGAUACUGUGCGUGGACGAGCCCACGCAGCUAGCAAAGAGCGCAGGCCCGGAGCAGACCAGUUACGGGGGAGGGGGUGCGCCGGCCUCGCGCAAGGAGACCCCCAGCCCCGGGGAGGGCCUCCAGGCCGGGCCCAGUGCCAGCACAGAGAGCCUGAGCAUAGAGGACCUGGAACUGCUGGAGGAGCGUUUCCAGCAAUGCAUCCAAGCCGUGGCCCAGCUGGAGGAGGAGAGGGAUCAGCUCGUGCACGAGCUCGUGCUGCUCCGGGAACCAGCCCUGCAGGAGGUGCAGCGGGCCCAUCGGGACAUCCUGGCCGCCUACAAACUGCACGCCCAGGCAGAGCUGGAGAGGGACGGGCUGAGGGAGGAGGUCCGGCUGGUCAAGCAGAAGCUGUUCAAGGUGACGAAGGAGUGCGUGGCCGACCAGUACCAGCUGGAGUGCCGCCGGCAGGACGUGGCCCAGUUCGCCGACCUCCGGGAAGCGCUGACCACACGGGCGGCCCAGCUCUCGGACGAACUGGCCCAGCUCCGGGGCGCCUAUCAGAAGCAGAAGGAGCAGUUACAGCAACAACUAGAAGCACCUCCAAGCCAGAGGGACGGGCACUUCCUCCAGGAGAGCCGGCGGCUCUCUGCCCAGUUUGAGAACCUCAUGGCAGAGAGCCGCCAGGGCCUGGAGGAAGAGUAUGAGCCUCAGCUGCUGCGGCUCCUAGAGAGGAAAGACGCUGCGGCCAAAGCGCUGCAGAAGACCCAGGCCGAGAUCCAGGAGAUGAAGGAGGCUCUGAGACCCCUGCAAGCAGAGGCCCGGCAGCUCCACUUGCAGAACAGGAACCUGGAGGACCAGAUCUCGCUCGUGAAGCAGAAACGAGAUGAGGAGGUGCAGCAGUACAGGGAACAGCUGGAGGAAAUGGAAGAACGACAGAGGCAGUUAAGGAACGGGGUGCAGCUCCAGCAACAGAAGAACAAAGAGAUAGAGCAGCUAAGGAUCAGCCUCGCUGAAGAGCUCUCAACUUAUAAGGGCUGUUUAGAAACGUAUGGCCGAAUCUGUAACCCAGAAACAGCAACAGAAAACUUCUUAGCAAAGGAUCACUAAGUACCCUUUGGACAUACUUUUUUCCAGAGAAGGGAGUGCCAGGGACUUGGCAAGCGGUUCACCCUGGGAGAGUUACAAAUACUGGCUGACCUGUUCAAAAAGAUUCUAAGGCUGGCUGGAGGCAGAACACCAUCAGUCAACGUUUAGGUGGAGUCUAUUUCAUAGGCUGCUGGUACCAAGCUAAAUGCACUUAGCAACGGAAAAAAGGAGCCUUCUGUUCUGCAGCAGCAACCCCCACGUGCAGAGUAAAGGAUCGAUGUACGGACACACUUUAGUGUUGUCCAGAAUGUAUCUUGCCUUGUGUUGACCCAAAACAAAAGCCCUUUUUUGGAGCACAGGUAGGGUCAAAAAAGGCAGCCGAUUUCAUUAUAUGGGUUUACAAUUUGAAUUCUUUUGUGCCAUGAGCGUUAGACUUUAAGAUGAAUCCUUUUACAAAGUGUAAGUCUGUGCGGACUCGUACAGUUUACUCCUCCUUGUGUCAAGAUCAUUUCCACUAUACGCUGAAAGUCCUGACUUGGAAAAAAGGAACCAAUCCAGAUUUGAACCUACAGGUUAAGGAUAUUCAGAUUUUCCCAAAGACCGUGUCUCGUGAAAAUGAUUCUGGGUCAGAGUGAUCUACUCAGUUAAAUUGAGUGCCUGGCAAAGAACGAGGCAUUUUAUCUGGUUAUGGCACUUGGUGAUAAAGGCUUUCAAGAGCCUAUUAUUUCUAACUUCUAAGUAUAGGCCCCAGUGAAAAAUAUACUGGGGAGAUUCAACCUCUCUAUGGGAAAAGGUUCAAACAUCUUUUCCAAAUUUAAAGUUUGCCUUAAAUGCUCUCUGCCACAUUGCCUUUGACGGUCUUCAAAGUCCAUCUAGUUCUCUAGGGACAGACUUCAAAAAGAUGUGAUUUUAUCAAAGACUAAUAUCCUGUACCUCUGGUUCAGUGUUUUAUGUUUUGCACUUUCCCUGGGAAGGAGAGAAGCUCUUUUCUAUAGCUCUGGGUCUAUUAUAUUUAAUUCUGCUCUUGACAGUCAAAGACCAGAGACAAUUACCGUCCUCUGAACAACUCUUCGAGAAUCCAGACUGGUGUUUGAUGAAUGCUAUGUUCUAAUAAAUAAAACCCAUCAGCAUGGGGUUACAUAGAAAAGCAAUUUAUUCCAUUAUAAGCACUUACACAGUUAGUCAUGGAGAGUAACAGGCCUGCUGGUGAAACAGGUCACCCAAAAUAGAGAUGGUACCAAACUAGUGGUCAAGGACUAACUCCUAAAAAAACAAACAAAACAACAAAAAAACAAAACAAAAACAAAAGCAAACUCUUAUCCAGGAUUAAUUUAAUUUUAAAAACAAAUACAAGCUAUCAAUUCACUCUUCUCAACUGGACAGUCUACCUGUGGUAAAACUGUCAGGUAAAAACAUACAUCUUUACAACUUGGUGGUCCCAAGUUUUU